UGCAGCGGCGCUACCUUUACAGACAUCUCCAACUUCAGUUUGAGCCGCUCGGGCAGCACAGACGUCUGUCCGGAUGGAGGACUAACCGCUCACCUAAUCUGGGUCACUCCUCUUUAUAUGACCCGCAGAUGGGCAUGUAGCUUCUUGUGUUUCUUCUAAAUAUUACGCCUCUAUUUUCGUGCUAAAAUGGGUUCCCUUAGCAUGUUUAUUCACAGGGGUCUGAUUGUGAGAGCAUUUUGUUGCUUGCACAGUCAGCGUGAUUUGCUAUGGUGAUACUACAGGAAGCUAACCCCGAGCUAGCCCAGGGAUCGUUUUUGGGAGAUACCUUUUUUUUUGGAUAAAGCCACACGCUAACGCGUGAAUCAGACACUUGUUGUUAACCUUCAUUGAAGUGGAAUAUCGAAAGGGAAUGUCGAACCAAGGAGUUAGGAGAAAUGGCCCAGUAAAGCUGCGGUUGACAGUCCUCUGUGCAAAGAACCUGGCCAAGAAAGACUUCUUUCGUUUGCCAGAUCCUUUCGCUAAAGUGGUAGUGGACGGUUCUGGACAAUGCCACUCAACAGAUACUGUGAGAAAUACUCUUGAUCCAAAGUGGAAUCAGCACUAUGAUCUUUACAUUGGAAAGUCAGACUCAAUCACAAUCAGUGUCUGGAACCACAAGAAGAUCCACAAAAAGCAGGGCGCAGGUUUUCUCGGCUGCGUCCGUCUUCUGUCCAACGCCAUCAACAGACUCAAAGACACGGGCUAUCAGAGACUGGACCUGAACAGGCUGGGCCCCAACGACAACGACACUGUUAGAGGACAGAUAGUGGUGAGUCUUCAGUCCAGAGAUCGCAUUGGAUCAGGCGGACCAGUGGUAGACUGCAGUCGUCUGUUUGACAAUGAUUUACCCGACGGGUGGGAGGAGAGGAGGACCGCGUCUGGAAGGAUACAGUACCUAAACCACAUCACUCGCACCACACAAUGGGAGAGACCCACCAGGCCAGCUUCAGAGUACUCCAGCCCAUCAGGGCGACCACUGAGCUGCGUAGUGGAUGAAAACACACCAGUAAUGACUCCCGUUAACGGGGCUGUUGCCAGCGGACCUCCAGGCGAACAGAGAAACCAGGAAAGAAGGGUUCGGUCGCAGCGGCAUCGUAACUACAUGAGUCGAACACAUCUGCAUACUCCUCCUGAUCUGCCUGAGGGCUACGAGCAAAGAACAACCCAACAGGGCCAAGUGUACUUCCUCCAUACACAGACCGGAGUCAGCACUUGGCAUGACCCCCGAGUUCCCAGGGACUUAAGCAAUGUAAACUGUGAGGAGUUGGGGCCACUUCCUCCAGGCUGGGAGAUCAGAAACACUGCCACCGGCCGCGUGUACUUUGUUGACCACAACAAUCGAACAACACAGUUCACAGAUCCACGACUGUCUGCUAAUCUGCAUCUAGUUCUCAACAGCCCAAGUUCAAAUGGUUCCCGUGUGGCCACGGACAGCCAAAACACUAACCUCAGUCAUCCGCCGCAGUUAAAGGACCAGGGAGGUCCCGGCGUGCCUCCGCAGGCGCUGUCUCCCGCUCAGUUACCCGAAGAGGCCGAGUGUCUGACGGUGCCCAAAUACAAAAGGGACCUGGUGCAGAAGCUGAAGAUUCUCCGGCAGGAGCUCUCUCAGCAACAGCCCCAAGCUGGCCACUGCCGCAUCGAGGUCAGCCGAGAGGAGAUCUUUGAGGAGUCGUAUCGGCAAGUGAUGAAAAUGCGUCCAAAGGAUCUGUGGAAAAGACUGAUGAUCAAAUUCAGAGGAGAGGAAGGAUUGGACUAUGGAGGAGUAGCUCGGGAGUGGUUAUACCUGCUGUCACACGAGAUGUUGAACCCAUAUUACGGCCUGUUCCAAUACUCCAGAGACGACAUCUACACUCUGCAGAUUAACCCAGACUCUGCCGUCAACCCAGAACACCUGUCCUAUUUCCAUUUUGUGGGUCGUAUUAUGGGCAUGGCGGUGUUUCACGGCCACUACAUCGACGGAGGCUUUACGUUGCCGUUCUACAAGCAGCUGCUCGGAAAACCAAUCACGCUGGACGACAUGGAAUCCGUCGACCCCGACCUCCACAACAGCCUUGUUUGGAUCUUGGAUAAUGACAUCACAGGCGUCCUGGACCACACCUUCUGUGUGGAACAUAAUGCCUAUGGGGAAAUCAUCCCACACGAGCUGAAGCCCAAUGGGAAGAGCAUCCCAGUGACAGAGGAGACCAAGAAGGAGUAUGUCAGGCUGUAUGUAAACUGGCGUUUCCUUCAUGGUAUCGAAGCUCAGUUUCUGGCCCUCCAGAAGGGCUUCAACGAAGUCAUCCCACAGCACCUGCUCAAAGCCUUCGACGAGAAGGAGUUAGAGCUGAUCGUGUGCGGCCUGGGAAAGAUCGACAUCAACGACUGGAGGUCCAACACUCGUCUGAAGCACUGCACCCUAGACAGCAACAUCGUCAAGUGGUUUUGGAAGGCUGUGGAGUCGUUUGAUGAGGAGCGGAGGGCCCGGCUCCUGCAGUUUGUUACUGGCUCAUCCAGAGUCCCACUGCAAGGCUUCAAGGCUUUACAGGGUGCAGCAGGACCCAGACUCUUCACCAUUCAUCAGAUUGAUGCCAACACCAAUAACCUGCCCAAAGCUCACACCUGCUUCAACCGGAUCGACAUUCCUCCCUACGAGAGCUACGACAAACUGUACGACAAGCUACUGACGGCGAUCGAGGAGACGUGCGGCUUUGCAGUGGAAUGAGGCUACGUGUCGUCUGACGCAGUCGUGCUGGACUCUGAUGAAACCUUGCCGCUUUAACACCUCCCCCUCCCCCCUCCGAGGACCCCAGCCUACAGUCUUCCUCCUCUCCCACCCACUUCCACGUUCCUCCAUCAUCUGUUCAAACUGCAGCUGCAUCCUGUCUUUUCUUUGGUCUCGGUUCUUUAUUUUUUGCUCUCAUAAAAAAAUAAAAUAAUUUAAAGGUUUUUAGGAAAUUGUUACCAGCUUCAAAAAUGUACCAUUGACACAUAAGAACAAAUUGCUCAAGCUACUGAAUCUGUAACACUGCAGGUAGCUGAGUCAUUCCAUUAGUAGCCAUCUUGGUCUCAGUUUAUCCCUCUAAGUCCUCAUGGCUGCAGAGCUGGUGUUCCUUCAUCCUGCUGGAGCACCUUGGAUUCACCCUACCUCAGUAUUUGAAGUUAUUCAUCCUAAAAUGCUGUGGAGCAGCUUAACAUUUUUAAUGAAUUGUUUCUUCACACCAGCAGUCAUUUAGUACUUAAAAAAAUAAAAUCUGUAUCAGGUGGAAAGAGGCCGUCAACAUUAUGCAGAAUCUGGAGAUUAAGGCUUUUUUCAUCCCAAAACGGAGCAGGGUGGCUAAAGAUUUAGUAUCCCUUAAAUUGCUUUGUUACAUUACAGCCUCAUACUCGUUUGUGUAAAGGUAGACGAUUAGCAUUUUUAAUGCGUCGAAAUCUAUAAAAAGUGUGUAUUUUACAUUCAGCACCCUUUCACUCAGAAAACAACUCAAAUUAGAGGGAGGGAUUAAUCUGAAAGUUCCCUUUAGGUCUGAGUUAGUCCAGGUACUGCUGGGCUUUGAUCCAAUCAGUUCCUUGGUAACGGUUCCUCUGGUAACAGUUCCUCUGGUAACGGUUCCUCUGCUGGUAGGUCUGGUUUUGUCCUGUCAAUGGAUGUAAUUGGCUUUCCUCCAGUAGCGCUCUGUAAUUAUUUCCUAUUAAACCUGACCAGUUUAUCUGCUCCGCUGAUGAAAACAUCCCCAACAUGAAGUUUUCCCUCAGUUCUUUGCAUAUGACUGUACAAAUAGUUUUUGCUUUACUUUGUUUCAGAAUUAAUCCAUAGAAAACUCUUUGGCUUCCUGCCUGCCGGAUCUGAGGAGUUUACACCUAACUCUUGUCCUGCUGGCAGACUGUUCCACAGCUGAUCUGGUUUCAUUUCCUGUCGGUUAUGGCUGACGGCCGUCUGUGGGGAAAGUUUGCCGUUGUGGUUGCAGAGGAUGUUAAUUAAAGGGUAUCUGAGUAAAAGGGGUUGAAAUCAUAUACACACCUAAGUUUUUUCUGUUUAAACGCAAAUUCAUGCAUCGUCCUUCCACCUUACAAUUUUGAACUGACCUGAAAGAAAUGCUGCAAAAUGCGUCGCAGUGAUGCACUUUUUGCAAACCGAAGAUGUGAAAAAGUGCAAAGUAUAUCAAUACUUCAGCAGACACUGCAUGUCUGUAUCAGUCCGCACGCACACAGACGCGUUCUAGUUACGUUUCAUCUUCAGUUUGCCGUAUCUCAAUGCAGAGCUGAUGAAACCUCACUUUUUUCUGGGGCUCAUCUUCCUCCUCACCUCUGCACACGACUGUCUGCAGCAGCAUGCACGCCUGUGAUAUGCUGUUGAUCUAACCCCAGACCACUCGCUGAUGGAACAUAGCUGAAAAAAGGAGACACACACACACGGGAGGAGGUUUUAAGCAGAUUGCUUUUCUUCGUCACAUAAUUUUAGAUUUUCUCACUUUUUACACUUCAGAGCACUUUACGAAAUGCGCAGUGAUGGCAUGAGUGCUACUUUUAUGUGGGAUUAAAGUAUAUCGUUUCCUUUUGUGUGUGUGUGUGCGCCCAUAUUAGUUAUAAGCAGAUAAAAAGAAGUAUCUAUAGACCUGUAAUUUUUAAGUAUAUAUGUACCAUGAUAUAGCUAUUUUGUAUAUUGUUGCUUGUUUUUCUUUGGUUUUAAUUGCACGCAUGUUAAAUCUCUGCAUUCUCAGGUGAAGUUAGAAGUUUUUUUUCUUAUUUUAUUUUAUUUUUUUUACAAAAAAGAAAUAAAUUUGGCUAAUAUGUGAAGAAUCUAAAAUUCAGAAAGCUUUUCUCCCUGUAGGCGGCCAUCAUGCAAAUAGGAAUAUUUAGGUCCGUUUCACAACUGAAAAUUUGAAUUCCACCGCUGAAAUGUUUUAUUAUUAUAAUGCAUCAAAUGGAAGUUAAGGAUGCAAUGCUUUUAACUAAUCGGGAUGUAAUGGGUGAAACCAUCAUCAGCUCUCUGAAAGCCAAACAGUGAGACGCUCCUUUAUGAACGGAGGAAGUAUGGAUGGAUGUUUGAGUUUAUUUUUUAAUAGUUUUUCUGUUGUUUUUUUAUAUAUAUAUUUUUUGUCAAGGGAAAAAAUAUCAAAUUCAUUUGUAUACAUUUAAUUGCAGCCAUGAACCCGAUUCAUAUCACGUUUAUAUCAGGCAGGAGGAACACGAGUACGGAACGUAUGCAGUCCUUGCGAAGUUUGCGGGAAUUCAACAAAUUAUGCAUCUAAAACUUUUCUAUUAACCGUACAGUUAUUGGACUGUUUUUUUAAUGAUUUUAAUCAUGUUAACACAUAUUUGUCACUACCCCUCCAAUCAGUGCAGAACUUUGCAGCAUUCACUUUUUUGAAAGCAACAAACUUGUACAUUCUCUAGAUUUGACACCAUAAAAAAAAGCAUUGGUUUAAAAAGAUAUGUAGCAAUCUUUAACCUGUUGCAAGUCAAAAUGUUGAAUACACGCUCCUCCCCCUUGUUUGGAACAUUUAAACAUGGAUGCCACAUUUUCUACAUGCAUGUUUGUCUGGGCCCAGUAGAGCUCAAACGGUUUUCCGAAAUGUAUGUUUAAAUUUUUGUGUCUACGUCUGAGAUUUUUUGGGGAUUCAAUUCAGUAAAAAGAAGCAAACCCUGUUUUGUUUUUUUUUCUAAAACAUUUUUAUGGCAUAUUUCCUUUGAUUUUUAUAUUUAUUUCAACAGUAUACAUUUGUUCAUAGUUUCCACUUUAGCUGCUCUGUGAGUUUGUAACUUACACUUGUACAUAAGGACAAUAAAGACGCAAAGUAAGAAACUUCUUAUACCCUUGCAGAACACUGAGCAAUAAAAAAGUAUGCUGUUUGAACCCAACAGCAGUAUCUUUUAUAGAA